UUGUUCCACAUAAACCUCUACUUCAAGAUUUCCAUUCAGAAAUGCACUCUUGACAUCCAUUUGGUAGACCUUGAUGUUGUUGUAGGCAGCAUAGGCUAGAAAUAUUCUGAUGGCUUCCAGUCUGGCAACUGGUGCAAAAGUCUCAUCAAAAUUUAUUCCUUCUUCUUGGCAAUAACCCUUAGCUACCAGCCUUGCAAUAACCCAUCACGUUCGGGACAACGGAUCUACCACAAUCACCAGGACCGCACAGGGAUGAGUUGGUAAUCAGCAUGGAUAUCCGGGAGUGGAUAAUCCGACGAGUCCUGGUUGAUACAGGAAGCAGUGUCAAUGUCCUAUACUGGGAUGUAUUCGAGAAGAUGCAUCUGAGCAGGGCUGAUCUGAGCCCCCUAAGGACACCCCUGACUGGUUUCACCGGCCACAGUAUUGAUGCAGAAGGGACGAUCGUCCUGCCAGUCGAGAUCGGGGACGGAGAGCAUAGGGCGACGAUCCCCAUGACGUUUGUGGUAGUGCGGCUAAAAUGCGCUCACAACGCCAUUCUGGGACAACCCGGAUUGGAGGACCUCGAGGCCAUCUGCUCUGUACGGCAUUCCUGUAUAAAAUUCCCCACGGAAACUGGGGUGGGCGUGGCCCGUACGGAUCCAGAUACAGCGAGAGCAUGUUACAAGGAAGCGGUGAAGAAGAUGAGUGAGAGGGACAUGAGGGUCAACAUCAUAGCGGAGUCAGCCCGGCAGGAGGAGGCGAUGUCCCGACCAGAGCCAGCUACCCUACUGGAAGAAGUGGAAGUGGAUGACCCCUCUGAUCGGAAGGUGUCCAUUGGGACGGGCCUAGAGCCAGAAAUCCGGGAAGGGGUGAUCCUGAUCCUCCAGAGGUUCAAGAUCUUGUUUGCCAGAGGGCCGGGGGAGAUGCCAGGAAUUGAUCCAGAAAUCAUCUGUCACAAAUUGGCCGUUCGGCCGGAUGCCAGACCCGUACAGCAGAAGUAAAGGUAUAUGGCGGUCGAACGGAGGGACUUCGUCAAAGUGGAGGUCACCACCCUGCUCGACAUACGCCACAUUCGGCCGGUUAUGCAUGUGGAGUGGUUGUCCAACGUCGUCCUAGCACCUAAGGGGACAACAUGGCGGAUGUGCGUCGAUUACUCCGAUCUCAAUAAAGCGUGCCCAAUGGACCCCUACCCUGUUCCGAGGAUUGAUUUGUUGGUGGAUGAAACCGCAGGGUGCGAGCUGCUUAGUUUCAUGGAUGCCUUCAAGGGAUAUCAUCAGGUGUUCAUGCAUCCGGACGAUGCUGAAAAAACUGCCUUCGUCACAUCAGACGGGGUGUAUUGCUAUGUGGUCAUGCCAUUCGGCUUGAGGAAUGCAAUGGCCACCUUCCAGAGGAUGAUCGGGAUAUUGUUCAAGGAAGUCCUCAGGAAGAUCAUGGAGGCGUACGUGGACGAUAUCCUGAUCAAGAGCAAAAAGAAGGAGGCCGACCACGUACAAGAUAUGGAACAGGUCUUCACCAUCAUGGAGGGAGCAAACAUGAGGCUAAACCCGAAGAAGUGUGCUUUUGCUGUCAAGGGGGGGAGGGGGGGAGGGGAGGGAUUCCUUGGUUACAUGAUGAGCGAACGGGGGAUCGAACCUAACCCAGAAAAGGUGAAGGACAUCAUGGACAUGGAGGCUCCCAAAAACUUGAAGGAUGUGCAGAGGCUUACUGGGCGUUUGGCGGCACUAAGCCGAUUUAUGUCAAAAUUAGCUGAUCGAGCAAUCCCCUUUUUCCAGAUCAUGAAGAAGGCCAGUCCAUUUGAAUGGACCCUGGAGUGUCAGACAGCCUUUGAAGAUUUCAAGACAUACCUCUCCUCGCCGCUUGUCCUUACCAAGGCGGAUCCCGGGGAGCAACUGUACAUGUAUCUGGCAGUAGCCGAUCUGGCGGUAAGCUCCGUCCUGUUGAAGGAGGUUGAUGGCGUUCAGCGGCCUAUAUACUUCGUUAGCAAGGUGCGGAACGGCCCGGAGACAAGGUACACACUGAUGGAAAAGAUGAUCCUGGCCCUGAUCGCAACAAUAAAGCGCUUGGCGCCGUACUUCGAGGCACACCCGGUGACGGUGUUCACCACUCAGCCAUUGGCCACUAUCCUCAGGAACCCAAUGGCGAGUGGGAGGAUUACGAAAUGGUCCUUGAUGAUCGGGCAGUACAACGUGGAAUUCAAGCCAAGGCCAACGAUCAAGGGGUAGGCGCUAGCAGAUUUCAUUGCCGAAUGCACGGCACGUACGGAGGAUGGGGAAUAUGGCGGCAACGACCUUGACAACUGGUGGGGAAUGUACACCGAUGGGGCAGCAAGCGCAAAGGGAUGCGGUCAUCACCUCCCCCGAGGGCUUCAAGGCUUAUUACUCCAUGGAUUUUAAGUUCAAAGCCACCAAUAACGAGGCUGAGUACGAGGCGCUAAUCGUAGGAUUGAAAUACAAGAGGGCCCUCGGUGCAGCUCGUCUGAAGGUGCGGAUGGAUAGCCAGUUGGUUGUUACACAGAUGAACGGCACCGCUGAAACUCGGGAGGAGCGGAUGAAAGCUUACAGGGAGCUGGCAGAGGAGCAGACUGUGCAGUUUGAACAAGUGAUCAUAGACCUGGUACCUCGGGUAGAGAACGCCGAAGCUGAUAUCCUAUCCAAGCUAGGCAACCCCCUAUCCGAGGAUUAGACGCCGGCCGUCUCGAAACACAUCCGGAGUUUCGCUAGAAAGGAAACGCUACUCCGACCGGCGACAGAGACGAUCUAGGUAAAUGCUGUUUCUUAUGCAGAUCCCAGCUGGGUGAAGGAGGUGCCCGAUUAUCUCAGGGAUGGACCCCCCCCCCCCCCUCGAGAAAGAUGGACGCACCUCCGGAAGGGCCCCGUGGAUAAAAAGACGAGCGGCGCGUUUUGAAAUCAUCGGGGGUGAACUAUACAAAAAGACGUUCGGCGGACCAUACCUCAGAUGCUUACCACCGGACUUAGCGGCAUCAGUCAUGGAGGAAAUCCACGAGGGCAUUUGUUCCAGUCAUCAGGGCCCCCGAACGCUGGCGAGAAAGAUCAUCCUACAGGGGUACUACUGGCCAACCAUCCAGCGAGACUGCUUCAACCACACUCAGAGGUGUGCAGUAUGCCAGCAGUAUGCACCUAUACCGGGAAGGCUGGCCAGCUUCUACACCCCGAUGACCGUCGCCCUACCAUUUACGAGAUCGGGGAUAGAUCUGCUGAGGCCCCUUCCCAGGACGACCGGCGACAAGAAGUUCAUAAUAGUAGCCAUUGACUAUUUCACCAAAUGGGUGGAGGCCGAGCCAUUGAAGAACAUCACUGGGUUCCGAUGUCAACGCUUCGUAUGGCAGAAUGUAUUAUGCCGGUUCAGCAUCCCAGAACAGAUCAUUACGGACAACGGCCGACAGUUCGUUGGUAAGGGUUUAGAGGCAUAUCUAGCCAAAUGGGGCAUCCGGCAUUCCAGGGCCUCGGUCGCGUACCCGCAGGCAAACGGCCAGGUGGAAAAUAUGAACCGAACCAUCAUGGAUGGCAUAAAGAAAAAAUUGGAAGAUUACUCCUCAACCUGGCCGGAGCAGCUGAAUUAUGUCAUGUGGACGUACAGGACAACUCCAAGGACGGCGACCAGGGAAACACCGUUCGCACUGGCAUACGGAUUUCAGGCCAAGGUCCCCACCGAGGUACUCGUGCCCACACACCGGACAUUGCAAUUUGACCCAGGACAGAACGAAGAAAAUCUAAGGGCAGAGUUGCACUUUAUUGAGGAGAGAAGGGAUCUAGCCGCAAGGCGCAUGGAAGAAUAUCACCGGGCGACUGAAAGGUAUUUCAAUAAGGCGGUGAAAAUCAGAGAAAUCGAAGUCGGAGAUUUGGUACUACGGAAGCAGGAGAAGAGUAAGCCACUCGAGGGUGGCAAGAUGGCCAAAAACUGGGAGGGGCCGUACAAGGUAUACGAGAAGAGAUUGGCGGCGGGGACGUUCCUCCUACAAACUAUGGAGGGACGUUCCGCUGGCAUAUGGAAUGUGGAGCACCUGAAGAAAUUCUACCAGUAGGACCCCCCCCCCAAAGGGGGGAGACAAAAAGGAAGUUUCAGUUCAUACAAUGUAACAGUGGGAAUUAAUGAAAACAAGCAGGCUUGGACAUUAGCCCAAAAAGUCUCGUGGUUUUUCCCUUUCCGGGUUUCCACGAUAAAAUCAUGGUGUACAUCAUCGUCAUAGGAACACUACGAGCCUCCCAGAGGAGAUUAACAUUCCCCGCCGAGCGGUACCAACCAUCCAAACGGUACAACCACCGCACCAAAGACCUCUCAAAAAAAACAAGAGAGGCAUCAGGGAAUCCCCAAAGGGGAUAAACCCGAUCCGCAUCACAAUCGCGGACGAGCCCAGCUCAGGAUCCAAAGGACUGGGAUAAAUGGGCAGGUAAGACGAACGGAUGACGGGACGAAGACCGGGGAAUCCCCAAAGGGGAUAAACCCGUCCCGCGUCACAAUCGCGGCCGAGCCCAUCUCAGGAUCCAAAGGACCGGGCCAAAUGGGCAGGUAAGACGAGCGGACGACGGAACGAAGUCAAAGACCUCUCAAAAAAACAAGAGAGGCACCGGGGAAUCCCCAAAGGGGAUAAACCCGUUCCGCAUCACUAUCGUGGCCGAGCCCAGCUCAGUAUCCAAAGGACCGGGCCAAAUGGGCAGGUUAGAUGAACGGAUGACGGGACGAAGACCGGAGAAUCCCCAAAGGGGAUAAACCCGUUCCACGUCACAAUCGCGGCCGAGCCCAACUCAGGAUCCAAAGGACCGGGCCAAAUGGAUAGGUAAGACGAGCGGACGACGGAACGAAGUCAAAGACCUCUCAAAAAAAAAGAGGCACCGGGGAAUCCCCAAAGGGGAUAAACCCGUUCCGCAUAGACGCGGGAGCCUACUGCGAAUAUCAUCGCAAGCAGGGACACCGUAUAGACGAUUACCAAAGUCUGAAGUAUGCCAUCCAGCAGCUUAUUGAGAGGGGGUAUCUAGGUGAGUUCACCACGGGAGGAGCAUACCAGGGCCCCUCACAGCAGCAUAGGAGGCCCUACAGCUGGCGCCGGGAUGAUCGGCGAGAGGCUGGGGUCAAGGAGGAGGAUUUCCAUCAUAGCGGCAAGCGACCAUAGGCAUCACUCGGGCCGGUAGGCACCAAGAAGAAAAUGGAAAUCAAGAUGAUUUUCGGAGGGGCGGAGACUGGGGAUACCCCGGUGGAGAGGAAGAAGUUCGAGAGGGCCCUCCGAAUAAAUUCCAUUUCCGCACCUCCCACCAAAAAACAUAAGGCCGAACCCAUCACGUUCGGGAUAGCAGAUCUACCACAAUCACUAGGACCGCACAGGGAUGAGUUGGUAUUCAGCAUGGAUAUCCGGGAGUGGAUAAUCCGACGAGUCCUAGUUGAUACGGGAAGCAGUGUCAAUGUCCUAUACUGGGAUGUAUUCGAGAAGAUGCAUCUGAGCAGGGCUGAUUUGAGCCCCCUACGGACACCCCUGACUGGUUUCACCGGCCACAGUAUUGAUGCAGAAGGGACGAUCGUCCUGCCAGUGGAGAUCGGGGACAGAGAGCAUAGGGCGACGAUCCCCAUGACGUUUGUGGUAAUGCGGCUAAAAUGCGCUCACAACGCCAUUCUGGGACGACCCGGAUUGGAGGACCUCGAGGCCAUCUGCUCCGUACGACAUUCUUGUAUAAAAUUCCCCACGGAAACUGGGGUGGGCGUGGCCUGUACGGAUCCAGAUACAGCGAGAGCAUGUUAUAAGGAAGCGGUGAAGAAGAUGACUGAGAGGGACAUGAGGGUCAACAGCAUAGCGGAGACAGCCCAGCAGGAGGAGGCCAUGUCCCGACCAGAGCCAGCUACCCUACUGGAAGAAGUGGAAGUGGAUGACCCCUCUGAUCGGAAGGUGUCCAUUGGGACGGGCCUAGAGCCAGAAAUCCGGGAAGGGGUGAUCCUGAUCCUCCAGAGGUUCAAGAUCUUGUUUGCCAGAGGGCCGGAGGAUAUGCCAGGAAUUGAUCCAGAAAUCAUCUGUCACAAAUUGGCCGUUUGGCCGGAUGCCAGACCCGUACAACAGAAGAAAAGGUAUAUGGCGGUCGAACGGAGGGACUUCGUCAAAGUGGAGGUCACCACCCUGCUCGACAUACGCCACAUUCGGACGGUUAUGCAUGUGGAGUGGUUGUCCAACGUCGUCCUAGCACCUAAGGGGACCACAUGGCGGAUGUGCGUCGAGUACUCCGAUCUCAAUAAAGCGUGCCCAAUGGACCCCUACCCUGUUCCGAGGAUUGAUUUGUUGGUGGAUGAAACCGCAGGGUGCGAGCUGCUUAGUUUCAUGGAUGCCUUCAGGGGAUAUCAUCAGGUGUUCAUGCAUCCGGACGAUGCUGAAAAAACUGCCUUCGUCAUAUCAGACGGGGUGUAUUGCUAUGUGGUCAUGCCAUUCGGCUUGAGGAAUGCAAUGGCGACCUUCCAGAGGAUGAUCGGGAUAUUGUUCAAGGAAGUCCUCGGGAAGAUCAUGGAGGCGUACGUGGACGAUAUCCUGAUCAAGAGCAAAAAGAAGGAGGCCGACCACGUACAAGAUAUGGAACAGGUCUUCACCAUCAUGGAGGGAGCAAACAUGAGGCUAAACCCGAAGAAGUGUGCUUUUGCUGUCAGGGGAGGGGGGAUUCCUUGGUUACAUGAUGAGCGAACGGGGGAUCGAACCUAACCCAGAAAUGGUGAAGGCCAUCAUGGACAUGGAGGCUCCCAAAAACUUGAAGGAUGUGCAGAGGCUUACUGGGCAUUUGGCGGCACUAAGCCGAUUUAUGUCAAAAUUAGUUGAUUGGGCAAUCCCCUUUUUCCAGAUCAUGAAGAAGGCCAGUCCAUUUGAAUGGACCCCGGAGUGUCAGACAGCCUUUGAAGAUUUCAAGACAUACCUCUCCUCGCCGCUUGUCCUUACCAAGGCGGAUCCCAGGGAGCAACUGUGCAUGUAUCUGGCAGUAGCCGAUAUGGCGGUAAGCUCCGUCCUGUUGAAGGAGGUUGAGGGCGUUCAGCGGCCUAUAUACUUCGUUAGCAAGGUGCUGAACGGCCCGGAGACAAGGUACAAACUGAUGGAAAAGAUGAUCCUGGCCUUGAUCGCAGCAAUAAAGCGCUUGGCGCCGUACUUCCAGGCACACCCGGUGACGGUGUUCACCACUCAGCCAUUGGCCACUAUCCUCAGGAACCCAAUGGCGAGUGGGAGGAUUACGAAAUGGUCCUUGAUGAUCGGGUAGUACAACGUGGAAUUCAUUGCCGAAUGCACGGCACAUACGGAGGAUGGGGAAUAUGGCGGCAACGACCUUGACAACUGGUGGGGAAUGUACACCGAUGGGGCAGCAAGCGCAAAGGGAUGCGGGGGGGUGCGGUCAUCACCUCCCCCGAGGGAUUCAAGGCUUAUUACUCCAUGGAUUUUAAGUUCAAAGCCACCAAUAACGAGGCUGAGUACGAGGUGCUAAUCACAAGAUUGAAAUACAAGAGGGCCCUCGGUGCAGCUCGUCUGAAGGUGCGGAUGGAUAGCCAGUUGGUUGUUACACAGAUGAACGGCACCGCUGAAACUCGGGAGGAGCGGAUGAAAGCUUACAGGGAGCUGGCAGAGGAGCAGACUGUGCAGUUUGAACAAGUGAUCAUAGACCUGGUACCUCGAGUAGAGAACGCCGAAGCUGAUAUCCUAUUCAAGCUAGGCAACCCCCUAUCCGAGGAUUAGACGCCGGCCGUCUCGAAACACAUCCGGAGUUUCGCUAGACAGGUAACGCUACUCUGACCGGCGACGGAGACGAUCCAGGUAAAUGAUGUUUCUUAUGCAGAUCCCAGCUGGGUGAAGGAGGUACCCGAUUAUCUCAGGGAUGGACCCCCCCCCCCCCCCCCCCUCGAGAAAGAUGGACGCAACUCCAGAAGGGCCCGUGGAUAAAAAGACGAGCGGCGAGUUUUGAGGUCAUCGGGGGUGAACUAUAUAAAAAGACGUUCGGCGGACCAUACCUCAGAUGCUUACCACCGGACUUAGCGGCAUCAGUCAUGGAGGAAAUCGACGAGGACAUCUGUUCUAGUCAUCAGGGCCCCCGAACGCUGGCGAGAAAGAUCAUCCUACAGGGGUACUACUAGCCAACCAUCCAGCGAGACUGCUUCAACCACACUCAGAGGUGUGCAGUAUGCCAGCAGUACGCACCUAUACCGGGAAGGCUGGCCAGCUUCUACACCCCGAUGACCGUCGCCCUACCAUUUACGAGAUGGGGGAUAGAUCUGCUGAGGCCCUUUCCCAGGACGAUCGACGGCAAGAAGUUCAUAAUAGUAGCCAUUGACUAUUUCACCAAGUGGGUGGAGGCCGAGCCAUAGAAGAACAUCACUGAGUUCCGAUGUCAACGCUUCGUAUGGCAGAAUGUAUUAUGCCGGUUCGGCAUCCCAGAACAGAUCAUUACGGACAACGGCCGGCAGUUCGUUGGCAAAGGUUUCGAGGCAUAUCUGGCCAAAUGGGAAAUCCGGCAUUCCAGGGCCUCGGUCGCGUACCCGCAGGCAAACGGCCAGGUGGAAAAUAUGAACCGAACCAUCAUGGAUGGCAUAAAGAAAAAAUUGGAAGAUUACUCCUCAACCUGGCCGGAGCACCUGAAUUAUGUCCUGUGGACGUACAGGACAACUCCAAGGACGGUGACCAGGGAAACACCGUUCGCACUGGCAUACGGAUUUCAGGCCAAGGUCCCCACCGAGGUACUCGUGCCCACACACCGGCCAUUGCACUUUGACCCAGUACAGAACGAAGAAAAUCUAAGGGCAGAGUUGCACUUUAUUGAGGAGAGAAGGGAUCUAGCCGCACGGCGCAUGGAAGAAUAUCACCAGGCGACUGAAAGGUAUUUCAAUAAGGCGGUGAAAAUCAGAGAAAUCGAAGCCGGAGAUUUGGUUCUGCGGAAGCAGGAGAAGAGUAAGCCGCUCGAGGGCGGCAAGAUGGCCAAAAACUGGGAGGGGCCGUACAAGGUAUACGAGAAGAGAUUGGCGGCGGGGACGUUCCUCCUACAAACUAUGGAGGGACGUUCCGCUGGCAUAUGGAAUGUGGAGCACCUGAAAAAAUUCUACCAGUAGGACCCCCCCCCAAAGGGGGGGAGACAAAAAGGAAGUUUAUGUUCAUACAAUGUAACAACGGGAAUUAAUGAAAACAAGCAGGCUUGGACAUUAGCCCAAAAAGUCCCGUGGUUUUUCCCUUUCCGGGUUUCCACGAUAAAAUCAUGGUGUACAUCAUCGUCAUAGGAACACUACGAGCCUCCCGGAGGAGAUUAACAUUCCCCGCCGAGCGGUACCAACCAUCCAAACGGUACAACCACCGCACCAAAGACCUCUCAAAAAAACAAGAGAGGCACCGGGGAAUCCCCAAAGGGGAUAAACCCGAUCCGCAUCACAAUCGCGGCCGAGCCCAUCUCAGGAUCCAAAGGACCGGGCCAAAUGGGCAAGUAAGACGAGCGGACAACGGAACGAAGCGAAAGACCUCUCAAAAAAAACAAGAGAGGCAUCGGGGAAUCCACAAAGGGGAUAAACCCGUUCCGCAUCACAAUCGCGACCGAGACCAGCUCAGGAUCCAAAGGAUCGGGCCAAAUGGGCAUGUAAGACGAACGGAUGACGGGACGAAGACCGGGGAAUUCCCAAAGGGGAUAAACCCGUUCCGCGUCACAAUCACGGCCGAGCCCAGUUCAGGAUCCAAAGGACCGGGCCAAAUGGGCAGGUAAGACGAGCGAAUGACGGAACGAAGUCAAAGACCUCUCAAAAAAACAAGAGAGGCGUCAGGGAAUCCCCAAAGGGGAUAAACCCGUUCCGCAUCACUAUCGCGGCCGAGCCCAGCUCAGGAUCCAAAGGACCGGGCCAAAUGGGCAGGUAAGAUGAACGGAUGAUGGGACGAAGACCGGGGAAUCCCCAAAGGGGAUAAACCCGUUCCACGUCACAAUCGCGGCCGAGCCCAGCUCAGGAUCCAAAGGACCGGGCCAAAUGGAUAGGUAAGACGAGCGGACGAUGGAACGAAGUCAAAGACCUCUCAAAAAAAGAGGCACCGGGGAAUCCCCAAAGGGGAUAAACCCGUUCUGCAUCACAAUCGCGGUCGAGCCCAGCUCAGGAUCCAAAGGACCGGGCCAAAUGGGCAGGUAAGACGAACGGAUGACGAGACGAAGACCGGGGAAUCCCCAAAGGAGAUAAACCCAUCCCGCGUCACAAUCGCGGCCGAGCCCAGCUCAGGAUCCAAAGGACCGGGCCAAAUGGGUAGGUAAGACUAGCAGACGACAGAACGAAAUCGAAGACCUCUCAAAAAAAAGAGAGAAAAGAGGGAGGCACUAGGGACGAAGUUAAAAGGCGAUCAUAGCAAGCAAGCAAUACACUUUAUUCAUCGGCUCUACCGGCCGGAAAGUACACAAACAUACACGAGUUCAGAGUGAAAUCAAGAGUACAAAAUAACUGAAGUUGUCACGCCUCGGGGAGCUAUCCUUGAAUAUAGAUAUGCCUGUAAGAGCUUUAUAUGAACCCAAAGGCGUGAGGGGUGAAGUAAGCCAUCUUAACAACAUUAGCCUCUUUAGGAAGAGCGGCCUGCUAGCCAGGAGGUGCGGCCGACAAGCAGAAUUUGACAAACUCACUCAGCUACAAGAGGGGUCGUCCUUCGCCGGAGACUUCUCCUUCAAAGCCUCCUCAUAAGCCUCAGCAAACGAAGCAUUGAAACCAGCAGCCUCAGGAUCAAACGGAGUGGGGAGAUAACGCUCGAGAGCUGGGAGGUUUCCGGCUAAAAGGCCGAUCAUCCCUUUAGCAAAAGCAUCGUCGGCAAGCUCUGCAAGGAACUCCUGGCCGGCGGAGGUCCCCGAUACCAGCUCAAUGCCGUCCUUCAGCAUAUCAGAACUCUUAGCCAGGAACUCCCCGAAGCUCUGGGCAAGACGCUCCUUCACACGGACGUUCACGGCAUCGACGUGGGCUCUGGACUUCUGGAACUCAAUGGAGUCAGCUUCCUUGAUUUUGGAAACAUCAGCCUCAAAAACAGGGACGGCCCCCUCCACACCAACUUGGCGAAGCUGCACGUCGGAUUUCUCCACGGCGGUCAUUUUGGCACGAAGCAGCUGCAGCUCCUCGGCUUGUUUCUUGACCGUCUCCUGAAGAGACGCACUCCCCUUAGCAAGCCCAAGAGCAACGUUCAAGUCCUGCUGCAUCUUAUUCAGGCGCUCUUUGACCUUCUUCACCAGAUCAUCGGCUUCACAACGCACCUGGGCGGAAGCACGCUCCUGAGCUUCAUAGGCAAAUCGCGCCUUGCAAAAUAAAAUAACAGCCUUGUUGAGAGUGCUAAGGCCGCACUCGUGAAGAUCCACCGCGCUCUCACGAGCGGCAAAGUCACGAGGGAGUUUUAACCCCAAAGAGCACCAAAUGGAAGAGGCCGUCUGACCAAACAGUCUUUUCGACUCCGCACGGGGACCCAACCCGGAGAACCCAAUGAUGUCAGAAAAGGAAUCCUCGGAACCGGGCGGAGGAGGGUCGCUCGAGCUUUUUCCCAACGAAGUAACGGGGGCGGUCUAGGAGGAGAGUCGGCCUCAUUAUCUGACCCAUCAAGGAUCACCACGGCCUUGGAGGAUCCUUCCCCAUGGCGGGACUUCUUGGGGGGACUGUUCGUCCCCGACGGGUUCAUAUUUGGGCCUCUUUUGGCCCUGAUCCUCACCAACGAUCUGCUUUCCCUUGCUAGCAUUGGCCCGGCCGGAGGAGGGAGUGGCACGGGUGUGAGGAACCAUGGAGAAAUACCUGGGGUAAAGUCCUGCGCAAAGGAGAUGUAAAAAGUUAAAACAAUGUCCGGGAUUCACAAAAAGAGAGUCCAAAACUCGGGCCACAGCGAGGACGUACCUAUGCCGACCUUGCCCAAGUUGGUAUCAUUCACCAGCAAACGCAGGUUCUGGACCCCCUCACCGGCAAUACGUGCAGCCUGUUCCAGCUCGGCCGAAUGGAGAACCGGAGGCUCAAACUUAACAGGGAAAGCAUUCCACCGGUCGGAGAAGGGGGGGGGGGAUCAACCCCGGCAAGGAAGAAUCUCUCCUCCCAGCUGUUCAGAUUGGGGGGGGGGGGGGGUUGUUGGAAAAGAGAACCCUCCACGAACGGGCCACUAUGUUAAGAUAACAUGUCUGGCUGUAUGGGGAGAGCCGGAAGAAAUGCAAAAACAAUUUCACGGAUGGCUCAUCCCCCACAUUGUGGCACUGGAUUAUGAAACCAGCGAGAAUCCGAUGGGAAUUAAGAACGAGUUGAGUUGGGGCAAUACCAAGACCCCUGAAAAGAGAAAUGUGAAAAGGCAACAACGGGAAAAGAAAGCCCGCUGCCACAGAGUCCAGAUGGACGACCACAUAGCCAGGUAAAUGCCGCAUAGGAUGGCGGAGGAACCGUGCGUCCCAACCCCGUGGAGGGGGAAGCAACUGGGGAAUCAGAUUCUUCUCGCUAAGGAGCUGACGUUGGCGCUGACGCCGAACGAGAUGAAAGUUAAGGGAGAAACGAGGAGGCUGGGGGGCAUCCCACGCUUAUAGACCGGAAGGUCGUCCCCUGAAUUAUAACCGUCAUCAGACGAAUUUCCAGGACGGCCGUCGGCAGAUUGCCUAGGGACAAUGGAAGACAUAGCAAGAACGGAUGAAAAGUACAGGACUUACAAGGAAGAGAUGGAGAUCUAGAGAGAGAAAAUAAUCUGGCAGAGUAAAGACCAAGAGUAAUUCCCCCUUUGGGCGAUAGAGUAUUUAUAGGCAAAAACCACCGCAUGCGCCCGAAUGAGGGAAAGACACGUGGCGGACCGUGUUUGGUGUAUCCUACGGUUGGCGCAACGCUUCGAAAUCCACGCCACCAGUGGCAUGCGCCGGAAUCAUUCUCCCCACAACGAGAUGUACGACCGAGAGAGGGAAGAAGAUGAUAAAAGAGAGGAGAAUGAGAGGACGAAGGAAGAGUCAUUCCUCGUUAAAAAAAAAGAUAAAAGAAAGAAGAGAAAAGAGUUCAUGAGAGGAGGGAGAAGAGUCGUCCCUCGCCAGAGAAAGCGGGGAAUGGACAAAGGGAGUUAUGAACAAGUAAGCAGACCGCAAGUCAUAAAGGGAGAGAAAAAGUUUUAUUCUUCGGCUCUGCUGGCCGGAACAUACAAAUGAGCAGAUGGGAUUAAUCAAAUCACGCAAGGAAACCAUGGGGGAGCGUGGGGAGGUCUGCGGCUCGUCCAACUCGUCAAAGAGAGGCUCGGGAGUAGGGGGAUCAGAGAUUUCACCCCUCUGGACGCCCUCUGUACGCCGCUCAUCUCGGCCGAUCUUCCCCAUGGCCCGCCGAAGCUCAGCCCCCUCCGUGUAAUCCUCCACAUUGAAGAAGGGACAGCCGGCCAGAGGAAGCACACUCCUGAGGGCCUUGACACCUUCAUAAUAUCCCUUGGCAAAGGCAUCAUCAGCAAGCUCUGCAAGCCAUUCACCACCGAGCGUAAUCUUCUCCAAAAGCCGCACCCCAUGAGACAAGCGAUCCUUCUCAGGCACGGGCUGCAGCUCGGCCUCGAAAACUUCUCAAGCAGCUCCCUGACAAUACUCAUGGGCGGCCUGGAGGAAUUGGGUGGUUUUCUUAAAUUCCUCCACAUUAAGGACCAGAGUCAGAACGUCGCUGGGAGGGGAUUCGCCCUCAGGAUGCAGGGUAGGAUCUGCGGCAGGAACAAAGGAAAUCCCGUGCUUCUCAGCCAGGGCCACCUUGGAAAGCAGGCUCUGUUUCUCCUGUUGGCUCUGAGUCCGAACGGCCUGGAGUUCCUGUUGGGCCUCAGACAGGGCAGCCUGAACCUUCUUCAUCUCCGCCUCAGCAGCCUCCCGCAGCAGCACGGCUUCCUGCUCUUUCUUUAAAGCCGCAUCGGCUUUUCUCUUGAGCUCGGCAAGAUCUUUCUCCCGAGUGGCCCUUGCCCGCAACAAGAUUAGCCCAGCCUACAAGGAAUAAAAGUGGGUUAGGAGGGGACGAAUGGCGGAUCAAGGGACGGAGGGAAAACGUGAGGAACGUACCUCAAGGUUCAAAAGCAGAGCAUGAUCAACGGAAUCGCCAGAAGAACGAUCUGACAACUCCAGCCCGGCCUGAAGGGCCAUGUCCUUCCAGAUUUCAGAAACCGGAUGGACGGCGGAGGGCAUCACGACGUUCGUGGGCUUGGGAGCGGAGGGCUCAAGACGCGGCCUCUUCGGCUUUUUUCCCUUGUCUUUUUCCUCACCAGCGGGGAUACCAACGCCGAGCGGGUCCACAUUCAGGACCUGGUUAUCUUGAGGGUGAUGGGCCUCAGAAUUCUGCCCAGUCACCUUAGCAACCAGAAGCCGCUCCGCUUCAGCAACACGCUGACUCGCAUGGGACGCGGCAGACGAAGUGGCCCCAGAAGACUGGGCGGUCUCACGAGCUUUCGUCAGCGCCGCCCGUUCCUUGUUGGCCUUGGCCUCGCAACGAGCCACCAUAGUAGCACUAUCCAUUUGUUCUUGAGUAGGAGGAGGACCUGAAACAAAGAAAUAACGUUAGUACCGGGCGGUGCGAAUCACAAAGGCACUCAGCUCAAGGAAUGGACCGCCCGGGCCCACAAGAUGAACAUGAGAGAAUGCCAGUCCAGGGAUCACGGGUGGUACCUAUCCCUGCAUCAGAGAGUGCCUGGAUGGUCAAGAGUUCCUUCAGCUUUCUAACGCUGCCCAGCUUUAGCUUAUCCACGGCAUCUUGCAACUCCUGGGUUAGCUCCGACGUCUUAGUCUUCGGAGGAUACCCGUUCCAUCUCGCAGGAAGCCGCUCGUCCGCAUAGCGAAUGAAAAAAAAAUGAUUUUUCCAAUCAUGAAUGGAAGUGGGAGCCCCCUCGAAAAGCUUCUUUUUGGGACGAGCGGCCACACACAGAAACCCGUCGGCGUUUUGAGGGGUGACUUGGAAGAAAUAAUGGAAGAGCUCCAGAUUAGGGGUGAGCCCUAGCGAUUUACAACGAACGAGGAAUGCAGAGAUCAAUUGGUAGGAGUUUGGCUUAAAUUGGUCCGGGACAACACUAUAAAACUCGAAAAAGUCAAGGUAAAACGGGUGGAGCGGGAAGCGCAAUCCGGCUUUUAUGGAAUCCAUGUGCACCAUCACCAUUCCUGGACGUCUCAUGAAAAGGUUAUCCGCACCCCGGAGGCUGUAGUAAGUAGGUGGAGGUAGAAUAAUCUGCAGUUCCCUCAGGGCCCUCCUAGAGAAGACCUGUUCAAUCGCGGCAAUAUUGGAGAUGAGCACUAUGUGCCGGUGCUGAUCCAUGGGGACGCCGAGCUCAUAUAUCCGGAGAUCGUCCCCUUCCUCAACCUCUUCACUAGAAUCGCGAUUGGCUGAAUGCCCCACCCCCGCGGCGGGUUGCGGCACCAUCGCAAUUGUCAACAUGCUCCUUUGCAUAUGGGAUCGCGGCAUCAACUGUUGCCUCAGGGACCGCAAUUGAAGAAACACUGGAAUGGCCAGAACCACUCGCUCCCUCUGAGGAACGGGAUCUGGGCUUCGUAGCAGAAGAAGAACCGGCUGAAGAGCCGGUAGAGGAACUAGAACCAAUCUCCGAAUCGGAGGAAAUUUCCAUGGAACUGGCCAUGGGGAGGGUUACGAAAACAAAGGGGGAGGGUUUGGAUCGAAGAAUUACCUUGCGGAACCUUGGAAGAGGGAUGAACGUGGAAACUAGAGACACUCGCUGGACGGCACUGGGAAUGUAGAAGGAAGCAAAGGAUGGAAAGCCCUAACCAUUCCUAUGAUCCCAGUAUUUAUAAGGGGAAGCACAUGUUCAGUGGCCAACCCGCAGGUGACACGUGGCAAGGAGUGUACCCAGGAAUGCGUGUCACGUAGAGACGGGCUGGUACGAAAUGAUUACUUUUGCGUCGAAAGUUGAACCGGCCUGAUAGCUGGCACCUAGAGCCCCGCGAACUACGGCGGGGAAGCAACCGUCACUUCGAGGAAAGGGAAGAAACGGCUCGAGGCGGUACGUCAGAAGCUAUUUUACUUCUUUAUGUCCCGUGCACGCUCGGAACAUCAGAAGUGGGGGACUUGUGUUGGGUUAAUGGCCCAACAAGGGGCGGCCCAUCAACCCCUAGGGACGUACAUAGCCAAGCUCCACGGCCCAAGGACCAGGGGACAUACGUAGCCCAGCAUAGCCAAGCUCCAGGGCCCAAGGGCCAGGGGACGUACGUAGCUUAACAUAGCCAAGCUCCAGAGCCCAAGGGCCAGGGGACGUACGUAGCCCAACGUAGCCAAACUUCAGAGCCCAAGGGCCAGGGGACGUACGUAGCCCAGCGUAGCCAAGCUUCAGAGCCCAAGGGACAGUGGACGAACGUCUUAUGGUUUACCACCCAAGGGUCCAAGCUGCCACCAGAGGGCUGAGUCCAGCCGGGGGGACGAACGUCCCCACAUCAUGGCGGGAAGCCAGGAUCCUGGCGGGAAGCGCAUUAAAUGCGGAAGAUUUGGUGGUUGGGAUCAUGUCGCCCACAGCCAACCACUUCAGCCCCCCAACCACCAUGGGGAACUAUAAAUAGUCGCAUUUAUUUCAUUAAGAGAGGUUCGCACUUUGAUUCUCUAGCACUGUAAUAGCAGUAACAGCUCAUAGCCUAGUUUAGUACGUUCGGCCCUUCGACUUGUAAUCACUGGAGUGAAUAAAAUACAGUUAUUGGCCCACUCCCCGUUGUCUAGUGAUCUUAUUUGCCCUUCACCCAUUCGAAACCCCCAGGUUACGUGUUGGGCCUGCGGGUUGAGGGGAAUAAACCUCAACAAUGAGAAUAUAAAAAGCUAGUAGGAAGGACCUAGCGAUGAUGUUAGAUUUUCUUUUGAAUGAUAUCAGUGUAGAUUCCUUGAUCAGUUGAUUAUUACUGCAAUUAAAAUCUUAAGAGCAUAAUAAUAAAGAGGCUAUUUAAAAAAAGGACUCAAUAGAAUUUUAUUGCGGAAAACAUUUUCUUUGUUGAGUCUAAGUUAGUCUUAGGUACGUUCCCG